UCUCAAAUGUCUGGUGAAAAAGGCCAGAAGAGAGGCAAACGUCCAGGGCGAAAACCAGUGAAAAUUGACGUGAAGGCGAAAUUGGAAAGAAGUCGACAGAGCGCCCGGGAAUGCAGAGCUAGAAAGAAGCUCCGUUAUCAAUAUAUUGAAGAACUCGUGGCCAACAGAGAGAAGGCAGUGUUCGCUUUGAGAGAGGAGCUUCAAAUGUACAAAGAAUGGUGUGAGCAAGCAGAUCAAGGAAUUAUCGUUGAUGAAUUAAAGCAAUUAGUUUUGAAAGAACGAGAACAAGAAGAGGCCCAG